AUGAUUAAGAAUAUUUUGACCAUCCCAACAACAAAAAGUAUUUCUCUUUGUAAUUAUUUCUCUAUCUGGAAUAAUAAUAAAUUAUGUAAAUCAUCAUUAUUUUAUUUUCAAAGAAAAUAUCAUUCAUUGAACAAUGAAGAAUUUUUAAAAAAGUUUUUUUGUAUUGAGAAGGAAGUACAAAAUGCUUUAUUUGAGAGAAAGCCCAUUGUAGCUUUGGAAAGUGCUUUAAUUACCAAUGGAUUAGAAUAUCCUAUUAAUCUUGAAGUUGCACUUAAACUGCAGGAAAUUAUUCGUAAUAAUGGUGCAGUCCCUGCCACAAUUACAAUACUUGAUGGAAAAAUAAGAGUUGGAAUUGAAAAUAAAGAAUUGGAAAGAAUUGCCGAGCCGAAUAAUCAAAAAUGUUCUUUAAGAGAUUUGGCAAAUUUCCUCGUCCAGAAGAAGAUUGGUGGCACAACAGUUGCCGCAACAAUGUGGAUUGCACAUCAAGCUGGGAUCAAAGUUUUUAGUACUGGAGGAAUUGGUGGAGUACAUAGAGGAGGGGAAAAAUGUAAGGGAAAAAUAUAUUCUCAAAGUUCCUUUUUUAAAGCAUUAGACAUAAGUGCUGAUUUGGUAGAACUAGGUCGUUGUCCUAUAGCUAUUGUUUGUGCUGGUGUUAAAUCUAUUUUAGACAUUGGUAGAACAUUAGAAUUCUUAGAAACACAAGGUGUAAAUGUUCUUGUUUUCGACAAAAAACCAAACUUUCCCGGCUUUUUCAUACCUCAAACAGAGUUUCUGGCACCACAUUGCACUGCCUCAAUAGAAGAAAUAUCUGACAUAAUUGUUUGUUCUCAACAAUUGGGUCUACAAAAAGGUAUUUUGAUUGCCUGUCCAAUCCCUGUUGAAGAUAAAUCCAAAACAGAAUUAGUUCAGCAUUCUAUUAGUCAAGCAUUGAAUGAAGCUAAUUUAAAAAAUAUUUUUGGAAAUAAAGUAACUCCAUUUGUACUUAAAAGAGUUGCAGAAUUGAGUAAAGGAGAAAGUUUAAGACUUAAUAUUUCUCUAUUAGAAAAUAAUGCAAGAAUAGCUUCCCAAUUAGCUAAUUUAUAUACAAAUAAAAUUAAAAAUACCCCUAAAACGAUGGAAGAUGAAGAUAAAAUAUUUGUUUCCUCCCAAAUAAAAAAUACUAAAAAUGAGAAACCUUUAGUUUUUUGUAUUGGUGCUUCUAUUGUUGAUUUAGAAGUAUUACAAAAAGAAAAUUUUAAAAAUUCUCCAAAAGUUGAUAUUUCCUCUUAUUUGCCUUCAAAUAUUGUACAAAGAGCAGGAGGUGUUGCUCGCAAUCAUGCAGAGGCUCUUGCUCGUUUAGGAAUUGAUGUUGUUUUAUUUUCUGCUUUUGGCACAGAUUUAAAUGGAAAGGCUGACUUUGGAGCUAAUUUUCUUUUAAAAAAAUUGGAGGGAUUAAAAAACUUGAAUUUCUCUCAUUCAUUAUUUUGUAAAUAUUUGGGGACAGCUACUUUUAUUUCAAUUAGCAAUUCCUCUAAAGGAAUUAUACAAGGAUUUAUUUCUGCAGACGAACUUCUAAGCAAAAUUGAUUCUGAAUAUGUAAAUAUAAUUUAAAUUUAUUAAAAUAAUAUUUUCAGGCUCCCUCGGAUAAUUACUUUCAUUUAAAUAAUUUUGAGUUCAAUUUCCUCUUUUUCCUCCUUCAAAUAGUUCGCUCCGCCACCAAAACUAAUUUUUUAAAUGUUUAGCCGGUAAUAUUUCGGCUGACGCUCCCUCCCAUCGUUUCUGGUUUCCCUUACCAUUAUGAGCUUUUGUGCCACCUCUUGUCUUUAAAAAUUUAAUUUUUAGAUUGAUAAAAUUUC